GAGUUGUUGGGUUGUGAAGGACCAAAAAAUGGGAGCAGUAAAAGCAAAACCAGAAGCAGAUAAUGAGCAAGGGAAUGCCGCCUGAAGCGUAUGCGGCAUUAUGGGGAAACUUGAGGAAGAACUAAGGUUGAGUUCAAGUGUUAACAGUGAGAUACCGGGGGAAUCCGCCGCCGCCGCCGUUACGGCCGCUUCGAUUUCCAGCUUAAGCUCCAGAUUUGCUGCCUGUGGAUCCACACGAUCCCUGUUUAGCCUUCGGUGCUUACUCGUCACACUCUUCUCUCUUGCCCUCUUCCUUCCCGCUUUAUUUUGGUUGCCCCCGUUUCUUAAUUUUUCAGAUCAAUCCGAUCUGGAUCUUGAUUCCAGGUUUAAAGGUCAUCAUAUAGUAGCAAGCUUUAAUGUUGAGAAGCCAGUCUCCUUGCUGAGAGACAAUUUCUUGCAGCUUGAAAAUGAUAUUUUUGAUGAGAUAGGCUUUCCCACUAGCAAAGUGGUUAUCUUAUCUCUCGAACCUUUAAGCGGAUCGAACAUGACAAGGGUUGUGUUUGGGGUUGAUCCUGAUGUAGGAUAUUCAAAGAUAUCUUCGACUGCACUAAGUUUGAUAAGGGCUUCAUUUGAAUCUUUGGUUAUAGGCGAACCACCUCUGCGAUUGACUAAGUCCUUGUUUGGGGAUCCAUCCUUAUUUGAGGUGCAAAAGUUCCCUGGAGGAAUUACUAUAAUUCCUCCGCAAAGUGCAUUUCUUCUACAAAAAGUGCAAAUCCCAUUCAACUUUACCUUGAACUUUUCUAUUUUUCAAAUACUAGAAAAUUUUGAUGCAAUGACGAGCCAGCUGAAGGCUGGAUUGCAUCUAGCCACAUACGAGAACUUGUAUCUUAGGUUGUCGAAUUCCAAAGGGUCCACGGGUACCUCCCCCACGAUUGUUCGGUCAUCUGUUCUACUGGCUGUGGGGAGUCCAUCAACGCCAAGAUUGAAGCAACUAGCUCAAACCAUCACAGGCUCUCAUUCAAGAAACCUUGGCCUGAACCACACUGUAUUUGGUAGGGUUAAGCAAGUUCGUCUUUCAUCCAUUUUGCAACAUUCUCUUCAUGGAAAUUCAAACUCGGGGUCCCCGUCUCCUGCCCCCUUGCCUCAUCCUCAAUACAAUCAUCACCACCAUCACCAUCACCGCCACCGCCACCACCACCACCACCACCACCACCACCACCACCACCACCACGAUCACCACCACCACCACCAUCACCACCAUCACCAUGACCACAGUGCUAAUCUAGCUCCUGCAGUUUCACCCGUUACUUCAACAAAGAAAGGUGCACCUGCACCUGCGCCUGCGCCUGAAGACUAUUCACCUGCCCCCGAGAGAAUUCCAUCGGGAUCUCCACAGAAUUAUGAGGCAAAUCCUCCAGGUGGCCAGUACAAGAAUAGAAGGACCAAGGGGAAGACUGGACAGGACUCUAAUUUGGCCCCUGUUGUCGCACCCAAAAUUUCUCCUCACCAUUCUGCUGCCUCACCAAAUGUAAACCCACCAGCAUUGGCACACAAACCUAAACACAGAGCCAUCCCCCAUUUGGUUCCCACUUCAAGUCCACUUCCAAAUGUAGGAUUUACUCAUGUUGAGCCUCCAUCAAAGAGUAAAUCAAAUAAAGAGGAUCCUGACAGAACACCCUCCGUUUCACCAUCAGCAUUCGCAUAUUUAUCCUCAGCAGGUGUUCAAAUUGUGCAAUGGCAAUGGUCACUUUCACUCCUAUUAGCUAUUAUAUUACUUGUAUAACAACAGCCUAUUUUUUUGUUAUGUCGCAUAAUCUGACGUUGAAGGCGGGUGAUGCCGCGAGUAGAGUUGUAUGGAUGAGAGCAACGCAAACGGCGUGGCCUCAUCUCUCAUAUUGGAGUGAAUGACUGUAAAUAGUUUGAUUAAAUGUGGUGGUGGCGGGAAGCAUUUUCAGGUCAAAGUCACAGUGGUGGCAGGCCAUUGAUUAUGUCAUUGCCAUUGAUUAUGGGUGAGAGCAACUUCAGUUUUUGUAGAAAUCAAAAGCAAGA